CCCGGGAGGGUGGAGGCUACCGGAUGCAGGAUGGAGGGCGUCCCGGGCGGACACUGCGUUCUCCUAGCAGGACGUGCAGGUUGAGUAAAGGGGCUUUCGUGGAAAUUCUGAGGACUUCCUGGGAUGGGGUGGGGUGAGGCACAGAAGGAAGAUUUCAGCUCAAGUUACGGUGAUAAGACACGGAAGUGGAAUGGCUUUCUUUAUUUGAAAGGUCAGAGGGGAAACAAAGGGCUGCAGGUGUCCACCGUCUGCUGGAUCAUUGAGCCACAGGUGUUUUGGAGGCGAGAGAAGCAUGGGGUUUCUAUAGGCUGGAUAUCUGUGUGCAUUUUAAUUUGUGUAAUGAUAUAAAUUUGUCCUUUUCCAUGACUUUAAAGAAAACCAAAAAGUACAGCUGGGGGGAAGUGAAGAAGGGAGCAACUUGCAGUGCAGCACAUCAACUUUAAUCAUCCAAUGGGGGUAGGUUUCAUGUAUUUUUAUGAGGAAACCCAAGACGAUAGUCUUUGAGGAACCGUUGAGGGCCUGAGGAUAUUUGCCUGCAGGGGAUAUGGUUGGCGCUCCAAAUAUCUGAUGGGCUGGCAUGUGGAAUCGGAAUCUGCCCAGUCCUGGCAUAGCACGAGGGUCAACAGAUGGAACCCUGGGAGAUAGAUUUCAACCCCAGUUCCACUCUAGGGAGGCAGCGCCAUGCAGUUCUCCAGCUCAGCCAGGGCAGCAGAUGAGAACUUCGACUAUUUGUUCAAGAUCAUCCUCAUCGGGGACUCCAACGUGGGGAAGACCUGUGUGGUGCAGCAUUUCAAAUCCGGGGUCUACACGGAGACACAGCAGAACACGAUCGGGGUGGACUUCACUGUGCGCUCCCUGGAGAUCGACGGCAAGAAAGUGAAGAUGCAGGUGUGGGACACCGCAGGCCAGGAGCGCUUCCGGACCAUCACCCAGAGCUACUACCGCAGCGCCCACGCGGCCAUCAUCGCCUACGACCUGACCCGGCGGUCCACCUUUGAGUCCGUUCCUCACUGGAUUCACGAGAUAGAAAAAUACGGAGCUGCGAACUUGGUCAUUAUGCUGAUCGGGAACAAAUGUGACCUGUGGGAGAAACGGCAUGUUCUGUUCGAGGAUGCCUGCACGCUGGCUGAGAAAUACGGCCUCCUUGCUGUUUUGGAGACAUCAGCUAAGGAGUCCAAGAACAUAGACGAAGUCUUCGUGCUCAUGGCCAGGGAGCUGAUCGCCCGCAACAGCCUGCAGCUGUAUGGGGACGGCGCCCUGAACCACCUGCCCCUGGACACCAGUCCAGUCCUUAUGGCCCAGGUGCCAAGUGAAAAGACCCACUGCACUUGCUGAGUGUGGUCAUCCAGCCAAUAGCACCCGCCAGAGGGCAUCGCUAAACCAAAGGUGGUGGGUCUUCUAGUGUCUGCUGAGUAGCAUUUCAGACCCAAGUGUAGACUUGCCACUAGUUCUCAAUCCUGGGUUCAGACCAGAGGCCACAACAGCUGACUCUGAGGCCAGGGGAUACCACUGUCCUUUCCGAUUUUGCUUUGGACCUAAAGGCACAGGGUUAGGAGGACAAGGUUUGCUCUUUUUCAUCUCUUUUCUGUCUCCCCAACCCUUCAACUAUGUUUCCACUGACUUUUGCUUCUCACUUGAAGAAGAGGGUAGUGAGGAAAGAUCAAAGAGGGGCGAGGAUGCUUGGAACACUCCGGAACAGUUUAAAACAGCUUGGUCAUGGGCGGAUGAGAAAAAAGCUUGCAGUGAUAAGCCAGAAUGCCGUUAACAUUUGCUUCCUGACAGUCACACCUCAGGGUUUUAGUUUGGGGAGCAAAGCCUUUUGAUAUAAAGACCAUAAAUACCUCUUGCCAAAUGGUCAGGAGCCAUGUGAUGGAGACAGAACUGGAUUUCACUUCAUUCUAUUUGGGCUGAUGUGGGAGACAUCUACAGUUCCUUUCCAAAAUACCACAUUGGCUGCUGGAUCAGAAGGCAUUUCUGAAUAGUAAUUAAUUUAGCUCACAGAUGAAUAGCAAACCAAUAUUGACCUCACAGUAUGGCCCUGGGCACACCAUGUACCUGUAACACACUGUGGUUUUUCCAAGUUCCCCCGAUGGUUGUUGCUGAACUGCAUCUUACAGUCACAGUAAGAACCACAAAGGCCUGUCCAGCCACAUCAGCUCCAAAAAGGGCAAUGUCUCUGGGAGCUCUCCCCGGGGCCAGGUGAGUGCCCACAGGCAUUUCUCAUCGAUAGCAGCACAAUCGAUAGGCUGAGCCCUACCUUCACGUGUGGCUACUGAGUGCUUGAAGAGAGGCUGAGCAGGACACGCCAUUAAUGGCUCACACCAAUUUCCCUUCAUUUCUCUGCACAUCGGUCUCAACCAACACUGAAAACCUCAUCAGCAUCUAGGGUAAUGCACUCAGGAUUACCUGGAAUUGAAAUGUUCCUACCAACAGGUUAGACAUGUGAAAACGGGGUCGCCUGAAUGCCAGGAGCCUGUGAUUAGCCACCUGGGCUUCUGUUGAAAUGAUGGGGCUGUGACAGAAACCCUCGAGGACACGGAAAGGGCCCGGUGUGGAGCAGCUUCACUGGAUUCGGGCGCCCGAAGGUCGGCUCCAAAGAGGCAAGGCUUUUCCCGAAGCUGAGCGGUCUGGUUACCUGGCCUGGGAACCAGCUCAGGCAGGCUCCUCUCUGUAGCUGUGGUCUCAGAAAGCUACAUGUUAGCUCAGUUCUGGCAUCUUUCUCACACUCCCAAAGCUGUGUCGUUGGUAACAAGUUAUGUGAAAUUAAGUUACAAAAGAGACAUUUCAGAAGAAUAAAAAGAUUGU